AUGAGUGUCACUUCGCAGUCACUCAAAUCAGAACUGGAAUGCCACAAAAACAACUCCCUGUUAGCCCAGAGGAAAAAAAAAAAGAAAGAAAGUAAAGGGGAAAUUCAGAUUAGUCACAAAGAAGUUCCCCCGCCUGCCUGAAGAGCUGCAGCAUUAAAACUGAGAGAGUCCGUUCUGCUCUUUCAAUUGCUUCUUAUCUCUGGCGUUGGGGCUUACUGACUGUUUUCUGAUUGAUACACUUUGUUUUGCCCUCAGCUUCUCCUUUGCAGAGAAAGGUCAGUCCUUGCUCUUGCUCUCCUUUACCAUCCUUUUCAUCUUCCUUGCAUGCAGCCUGUGAAGAUGGAAGGGGGCCAGCCCCUGGAUGAGAAUCUGGAGAACGCACCCGGGAGGAGAUUCCCAAGUAACAAGCUAUGGCUGGUGGUCUCCGUGGUUCAGGGGCUGGGGCUGCUCCUGUGUCUCACGUACAUCUGCCAGCACUUCCUUUCUUACCAGGUGUCACCUCAGAAUCCUCCAGUUGAAAGUAUACAAGCACAAUUUACCAAGUGUGAAAACAAGAAAGGCUGCAUUAUCACAUCUACAAAUGGUAAAACCAUGAAGGUGCAAAAUAACUCAGUCAUCAUCAACUGUGAUGGGUUUUAUCUCAUCUCCCUCAAAGGUUUCUUUUCCCAGAAUAUCACUGUCAAGCUCCAUUACCGGGAAGGUGCGGACCCCCUCUUUUCUUACGAAAAUGUCAAGUCUGUCAACUCUGCCACAGUGGCCUACCUAGCAUACAAGGACAAAGUCUACUUUAAUGUGACCACUGACAAUGCCACCUGCGAAGACAUCCUAGUGAAUGGUGGGGAACUGAUUCUCAUUCAUCAAAGUCCUGGGGAAUUCUGUGUCAACUGAGGACAUCAUGGCCACACCUAAGCCAGGCCAAAGCACAAAGGCCGAGCUGGGGGUGGGCCAUAUACUGAGUCUUCCUUGUGAGUGGAGGAGUCUUCUCAGCUCAGCCUUCAUAAGUGGUGACACAGGAUGUGACCAGACACAGAUCCUUCCAAACACUCAGGGAUAUUUAAAACUUAUUUCACAUGCCAAUUAACUUUAUUUAUCCUCCUAUCUUCUAAGUGACCUAGCCCUCAUCCCUCACAAUUGCCUCAAGCUCAUUAGGCACCUUUGUGAGAAAAAGAAAAUCAGUGCCUCUUCCUCAAGACACAUUGCUUCUAUUAGUCAGGAAAUUGUCAUAAUAAACCGACUUACUGAAAAAGACAUGUGACAACUAUUGCUAGAAAUUUGACAUCUGGCUUGUCAAAAUGAAGUGGAGCAGGAGCAGGAGCAGGAGCAGGAGUUAGAAACCUGUCAAGAUGGUGAGGACUGAUCCUUGGGAACUAAAGCUGCAUCUCCAAGAUGAACUUCGUUGCAGUUUGCAUGUUGCCGAAAUACCUCUCUCAUUUGGUGAACUCACAAGAAGAAAACUUGUGAACCGUUGUCAGGAUUUGAUGAAGAGAGCUGGCUAAGGAAUUGUCUGUGUUCUGAGCAUUUUUCUUUACCACUAUAUGCUUUCGCAGCCUCCACAUGUUCUUAAUAGAAGUUUCCCUUCAAAGAAUCCUUUGAGGGGCUGUGAUGCAAUGAAAAAUUGACUCAGUGUUUUAAGGGAAACUAUGAGGAAUUUUUGCAAGUUGGGAGAGUAAGUUAAUUUAUUCUGGAGGUUAUCGCUAUUUUGUAGGAAAACAGUUAAACUGAACCGCUCAGGGUAAAAGUCAAUAGGAAUUCAGUCUUGGGAGGAAAACACAUUCUUUGCCAUAGGUAGGCAAGCAACACCUGUGCACCCUAGUGCACCCACUCUGUCUCAUACCUUGUGUACGUCUGCCCACACUGCUAGUUUCAAAACAUGAAGCAAUUCUAUUAUCAAAUGCAACUUUAUUUCAAAAGAAGCUAUUAUAUCUGAUGAAAAAUAAUGAUCUGUCUAGAAAACCAUAAUAUCACAUGUGACUUCAUAUUAAUAAUUGAGACUAGAAGGUCCAAUAAACAUCUGAAACUUUCAAAGGAGUAAGAUCCAUUGUGUUUAAUUUAAAUGUUCCACUUAAUGUACGAAGUUUAAGACAUUGUGGAGAAAUGUGAUUCUUCCUAAGUCAAAUUUCCAGGUGGUUUGUAAGUUUUCUGUGUUGAAACCCUUACAAAUUAAGAUUUUUGAUCAAAUUUCUUUCAUGGUAACAAAUGCUUCCCAGUAAUUUAAAUUAGAGUACAUGACACAUCGUAGAAUCUUUCUGGGUGCUUCUGUCACCGAAGUAAUUCUACUGCGCUCAGCACAUUGUAUCUUCAGGAUCUCCAGAAAGUUGAAAGGCAGUUUGCUCCUACACUAAAUGGUCUCAAUUACACUUAGAUUUUUGUGUUCUGUUUGUUUUCUAGCUCCUCUUAAGUGUCUCUCUAUCUCCAACAAUAUCCCCCCCCCCUUCUAUUUUAAUAUGUUAUGGAGAGAAGCUAAAUAAACUUGUUAAAUACAAGAAAGCUAAGUAAAAUAAACUGUGUGUAAGUAAGAAUAAUAAAGCUCUAAGUGACUGCCAACACACACACAUAAUCAUACUUUGAGUUAAACAUUCAUGAAGUAUCUAUUGUGGAACAGGCUUUGGGAGAAGUGCUUUGCAUAAAUUGCUCUGAGCAAGAUAUUCUAUCAUAUUUGUUUUGACGACUUAGAGGAUUUAAAUAUGUGUGUGUAUGCUUCUUUGUUAUUGACUAUGUUCAUCAAAGUUCCAAUUACUGGAUGAUGGGUAACUAUUAUAUAAAUGUUUAUGAUUAUAGAUAAUAUUUAAGAAAGUAUGUUUACUUUUUCAAGUUUGGAAUUUCUAAUUUUAUUCCUCCCGGACAUGCUCUUCCAGACCUAAAUGUAAUUAUUCUUCAGGUUUGUUUUAGUGUCACUGCCCCUCCUCAUGUGUGCCACCUUCCUUGGGUAUACCUGGUCCUGUUCCCAGCCAGUCCUUUCUUAGCUGUACAGGAAUGUUUCUGCCAUGCACCAACCUCAUUCCCUCACUCUCCACCCAUUAAAAUAUGCUUGUCUCCGUCAUCCCUUCAAAGUGGUAACUAACCCUUCUCUGGACACAGCAGAGUUUUGUGGAAAGAGAAAUGAAUGAGAAGUCAGGAGAUUGGACUGAUUUUGGCUCAGUCAUUAACUAGCCAAGUCCUUUGGGCAAGUCAUUUCCCAUUUGUGGAUCCUACUUUCCUCCUUUGUUCAAUGAUCAUUUUAGACUCUUACACUUACAGUGAUAACUGUGAAUGUACGUACUAAGUAGCAGUGUACUGGUUGCUCUGAGUCAAAAAUGUGUAAAGUUCUCUUUUUUUAUGGAUAUAUAUUGAUAUAUUUUUCUUUGAACAACUAACAUCUUCCCUCUGCCUACUUGGUGACUCCUUGAAGAGCAGCUACCACUUUACUUAGUGACUUUCUAUUUUGGGAAUAUCUUAAGGGAUUCCAAUCUUGGUUCAAAUCAUAAUUUGUUCUUAAGCCAACUGGGCAGGUCCCUAAUUUUAAGCAAUCAUUUCAUAUUUAGUUAUUUCCUGGCUCCCAGAGAGUCUUAAUAUUGAUAUUAAUAAUAUAGCUAAUAAUAAUAUUCAUAUUUACAUGGAAACAAAUA